AUGUACUUGACGUUCUCGCAGUGCUGCGAAAGAAGGCUUUCGCGCGACGUGAUGAUACCUACAGCAGAUCGAUUGCGUCCUCUGAACCCCUUUGAAACAUCAGACCUUUCUAUCCUAGCACCCGAGGAGUCUAUCAUUCCGCUCCUGGAACUACUGAUUUUUCUCCUUCAUGAUACCAGCAAAUACAAGUACUCUACUACAGGACUUACAAACAAGCUAGAGGCUUCUCGAAUAGAAACUAUUGCUCUACUUUUCAACACAUUCACAAACCCCCACAGUCUGAGGACUGGAAAAGCGGUGAAUUGGUCUACCGGGGCUGAGGAGACAUUGAACAUUGGGUCAUUACGUUGUUUAGGCCUUAGUUUAAGUGCAAGAGUAGUGGGAUAG